AAAAAAAAAUCCGCAAAUUCGUCAACAAAGAUCUGGCAAAAGUUGCGCGCUUUCCGUCGUCCAGAUUGGGCCAGGGCUUUUCACGCUACCAAUAGGCGUCGACGUCGCGACGCCGCGUCCGAAUCCGAGCUUUCCUAGUAUCAGUUUGCGUGAUUCCGUUGCUGAAAGGACUCGCGUGCUGCUCGGAUUUCCAGCCGGAUCUGCACGUGGCAUCGGAAGCAAGUAUAUUGUGAUUUGGAUCAUGUUGCCUAUUUGAUUGUGCCAUCAUUAUGCAGGUGGUUUGUGUUGCUGUGGCAUUUGUCAGUUUAUUUAUUUAUGUUGACUGCGACAAUUGGCAAGAAUGGUGGACUUACGAUGGUAUAUCUGGUCCGGCCUAUUGGGGUCUGAUGAAUCCGCAAUGGAAUAUGUGUUCCAGAGGCAGAAGACAAAGUCCAGUAAACGUCGAACCUGAGAAGUUACUUUACGAUCCGUACUUAAGGCACAUACACAUAGACAAGCACAAAGUGAGCGGCACGUUGCACAACACUGGCCAAUCGUUAGUAUUUCGUGUCGAUAAGGACACGAAACAACAUGUGAAUAUAUCAGGAGGACCUUUGGCGUAUCGAUACCAGUUCGAGGAGAUUUACAUUCACUACGGCACUGAUAAUCAGCAAGGCUCCGAGCACCAUAUCCAGGGGUAUUCGUUUCCUGCUGAGAUUCAAUUCUACGGAUUUAAUAAAGAAUUAUAUCAUAACAUGUCGGAAGCGCAACAUAAAUCACAGGGAAUCGUUGCCAUCUCGCUAAUGGUGCAGAUUGGGGACACGCCAAACGGAGAACUCAGACUGAUCACGACCGUAUUUAACAAGGUGCAAUAUAAAGGUGCAUCCACUCCUGUCAAGCACAUUUCGUUGCGAGAACUGCUGCCAGAUUCAGAAUACUUCAUGACGUACGAGGGUUCGACGACGCAUCCAGGCUGCUGGGAGACCACCGUGUGGAUCAUCCUUAAUAAGCCCAUUUAUAUUACCAAACACGAGUUGUACCAGCUACGCAAGCUAAUGCAAGGCUCGGAGGAGGCCCCAAAGGCACCGCUGGGAAAUAAUGCUAGGCCUAUUCAGCCUCUACACCAAAGGACCAUUCGGACGAAUAUAAACUUCAAAAAUACAGAGACAAAUAAUUGUCCAUCGAUGCACAAAGAAAUGUACUAUAGAGCUAACAAAUGGUCUGCAAAUCUCAAGGACUAUCCGUUCCAAACCGUGCACUCUUUACAUUAGGACUAUUAGAAAAUAAAAUUUUGACUUCUACAAACUUCAAUUCACACGGAAAAUCUGAAUAUGUUCCAAUAAAAUAAAGAAUUUUAACUCGAAAGGCGAACGAACUGUAAAGAUAGGAAAAGAAGUGGCAUGGAAAAUUUGUAUCUUAUAUUAAAAGGGGAACGACCGAUCUUUUUUCUGAACAUGAUAUUUUUAAUAUUGGGUUUUUUUUCACAAAAAUUACUUGUAGAAGUUGAAAUUUUCCAAUUUAUAGGUAGGUAUACAUAUGUAUAUGUAAAACGAAUCGAGCACAUCCAGCUUUUAGAUUGUUAGAUUUGGAUUUCCUUGCUUAACAAUAACAUCUAUGUGCUUUAUGUACAGAACCUAUGUGUAUUAGAUAAUGUUUGCGAAUGUAGCUAUUUUUACAUAAUUGUACAUGGUAUGAUCCACAACAACUGAUGAUGUAAAUACCACUUUAUGUUUAUUUGCCUAUCAGAUGUAUAAAAAAAAAAUGACAGCAAUAAUUUAAAAGCGUUUUUAAUUAUUAUAUAGUGAAUAAUGUAUAUAAGUAUCAAUGUAUAAGUAGGUAUGUAGUUAGGUGGAAAAAAUUAUACCUACGAUUAUUGAAAUCAAAAAAAAAAAAAGUCCAUCUGUAUAAAAAAUCCUCAAUUUCUUUUGACUAUAAUAUGCUAGUCUCCAAAAUGUUUUAGUCGUCAAUAAUACGCUUUAUAGAGAACUUAAUAUGUAAAUUGCCAAAAUGUAAUAUAACGAUUAUUAUAUAAUAAAU